AUGCCAAAUGAAAAUGACGAAGAUAAGCGAACAAUAGUGGGUGCAAUACCUAUUCUUGACGAUCAGAAGAUUCUGUUUGUAAAGAGUAGACAUGAGAACUGGAUAUUUCCAAAGGGAGGUGUCAAGAAGAGUGAAAAAUCAUACGAUGCAGCCACCAGAGAAGCUUUUGAGGAGGGCGGUGUUAUUGGCCAGGUGGAGCUGGAGCCGUUCUGUGUUAAAAAGGGUGUCUCAUUCUAUGUUCUUAGUGUUGCAACCAUUCUUGACUCAUAUCCUGAAUCUCAGGAAAGACAAAGAACCAUUAUGAAGAUGAUGGACGCACUAGAGAAUACAGAAGUAGCUGAAUAUGUCAGGGAAAUAGUUAAAGAGUAUAUUAGAAAAAGAAUAGUAGAACAUACGGACGACUUUUUGGGAUUUCUGGACAUUUUAUAA